AUGCUCGCUCUGUCACUAAUAUUUUUAUUCUUUUUCUCUAUGUAUCUAUCUCUCUUGGCGCAAAUGGAGAAAUUCAAAUACCUGGGAAUCUUCUCUCCAACAUUGAAUGGUUGUCAUGAGAUCAGGGCUCGAUUAGAAGCCGAAGUUUGUCCCCUAACAAACUUACCUACCUUUCUAUCUAUCUAUCUAUCUAUCUAUCUAUCUAUCUAUCUAUCUAUCUAUCUAUCUAUCUCAACCAUCAGUAAAUCAAUAUUUACAUAUUCCUACCCUUUUUCUUAUUCGAUUCUAUCUUUCUUUUUCUCUUGUCUUUUUCGUCAUCUAUCUUUUUGUUUUCAUUUUCAUUGUUAUCUAUCUAUCUCAAUCCGUUUUUCUAUCUAUCUAUCUAUCUAUCUAUCUAUCUAUCUAUCUAUCUAUCUAUCUGUCUGUCUGUCUGUCUCUGUGACUUUGGCAGUUUGUUCAUAUCUAUCUAUCUAUCUAUCUAUCUAUCUAUCUAUCUAUCUAUCUAUCUUUCUUUCUUUCUAUGACAGUCUGUUCAUAUCUAUCUAUCUAUCUAUCUAUCUAUCUAUCUAUCUAUAUAUAUAUAUAUAUAUAUAUAUAUGUAUAUCUUUUGUUCAUAUCUAUCUAUCUAUCUAUCUAUCUAUGACAGUCUGUUCAUUCAUUUUUCCUUCAUAUUUUUUUUUGCUUCAACCCUUCCACCUUUGUUACUUGUCUUUCGUUCAUCCGAUGCGUUAUUGCAAUCCAUUGAUUGUUUUCUUCCAAUCUCUUCGUUCCUUUGAUUUUUUAUCAUCCAUUCUUUCAUUCUCUCAUCCAUUCAUUCUUUUAUUCUCUCAUCCAUCCAUUCUUUCAUUCUCUCAACCAUUCAUUCUUUUAUUCUCUCAUCCGUCCAUUCUUUCAUUCUCUCAUCCAUCCAUUCUUUCAUUCUCUCAAACAUCCAUUCUUUCCUUCUCUCAUCCAUCCAUUCUUUCAUUCUCUCAUCCAUUCAUUCUUUUAUUCUCUCAUCCAUCCAUUCUUUCAUUCUCUCAACCAUUCAUUCUUUCAUUCUCUCAUCCAUUCAUUCUUUUAUUCUCUCAUCCGUCCAUUCUUUCAUUCUCUCAUCCAUCCAUUCUUUCAUUCUCUCAAACAUCCAUUCUUUCCUUCUCUCAUCCAUCCAUUCUUUCAUUCUCUCAACCAUUCAUUCUUUCAUUCUCUCAUCCAUCCAUUCUUUCAUUCUCUCAUCCAUCCAUUCUCAUUCUCUCCAUCCAUCCAUUCUUUCAUUCUCAUCCAUCCAUUCAUUCUCUCAUCCAUCCAUUCUUUCAUCCAUCCAUUCUUUCAUUCUCACAUCCAUCCAUUCAUUUUCAUCCAUUCUUUCAUUCAUCCAUCCAUUCUUUCAUUCUCACAUCCAUCCAUUCUUUCAUUCUCUCAUCCAUCCAUUCUUUCAUUCUCUCAUCCAUCCAUUCUUUCAUUCUCUCAUCCAUCCAUUCUUUCAUUCUCUCAUCCAUCCAUUCUUUCAUUCUCUCAUCCAUCCAUUCUUUCAUUCUCUCCAUCCAUCAUUCAUUUUCAUUCUCUCAUCCAUCCAUUCUUUCAUUCUCUCAUCCAUCCAUUCUUUCAUUCUCUCAUCCAUCCAUCCAUUCUUUCAUUCUCUCAUCCAUUCAUUCUUUCAUUCUCUCAUCCAUCCAUCCAUUCUUUCAUUCUCUCAAACAUCCAUUCUUUCAUUCUCUCAUCCAUCCAUUCUUUUCUUCUCAUCCAUCCAUUCAUUUUCAUUCACUCAUCCAUCCGUUCUUUCAUUCUCUCAUCCAUCCAUUCUUUCAUUCUCUCAUCCAUCCGUUCUUUCAUUCUCUCAUCCAUCCAUUCUUUUAUUCUCUCAUCCAUCCAUUCUUUCAUUCACUCAUCCAUCCGUUCUUUCAUUCUCUCAUCCAUCCAUUCUUUCAUUCACUCAUCCAUCCGUUCUUUCAUUCUCACAUCCAUCCAUUCUUUCAUUCUCUCAUCCAUUCAUUCUUUCAUUCUCUCAUCCAUCCAUUCUUUCAUUCUCUCAUCCAUCCAUUCUUUCAUUCUCACAUCCAUCCAUUCUUUCAUUCACUCAUCCAUCCGUUCUUUCAUUCUCUCAUCCAUCCAUUCUUUCAUUCUCUCAUCCAUCCGUUCUUUCAUUCUCUCAUCCAUCCAUUCUUUUAUUCUCUCAUUCAUCCAUUCUUUCAUUCACUCAUCCAUCCGUUCUUUCAUUCUCUCAUCCAUCCAUUCUUUCAUUCACUCAUCCAUCCGUUCUUUCAUUCUCUCAUCCAUCCGUUCUUUCAUUCUCUCAUCCAUCCAUUCAUUCAUUCUCUCAUCCAUCCGUUCUUUCAUUCUCUCAUCCAUCCAUUCUUUCAUUCUCUCAUCCAUUCAUUCUUUCAUUCUCUCAUCCAUCCAUUCUUUCAUUCUCUAACCGGACGCGUUCUUUUAUUCAUUGCCUGUAACUUUUUUAUGCUUUAUUUACUGGAAAAUAUUUCUUUGUAUGUUUCUUCACUUAAUUUAUCGUAUUUUAUAUACUUUCGGUAUUAUUGUCUGCACUAUUUUUAUAAAUCAGUUGUCUCAUUUGUUUUACGAUGUUUCUUUUUUUUUUCUCUCUCUCUUUUUACAAGAAACCAUUCUCAUAUGACAUGGCACAGAGGGGAAGGAAUGAAUUUAAGGAUAAAUGACAUUUUGAUGCCUGUCUCUCUCUCUCUCUCUCUCUCUCUCUCUCUCUCUCUCUCUCUCUCUCAAUCUCUCACUCUCUGA